AUGUGCACCUUACAGUUCCAUAUAACCCAUCACAGAGAGAGAUUUGUAAACCCUGGAGCCAGGUUCUGCCUGCUGGAGGCCGCUGCUGUGCGGAGAUCCCUGGGUGAAGCCACCGUCACCGUGUCUGAUCAGGAGGCAAAACCUUCGACUGAGGGUUUGGGGGAUAAGAAAGGAGAACACAUUAAACUCAAAGUCAGUGGACAGGAUAGCAGUAUGAUUCAUUUCAAAGUGAAAAUGACAACAAAUCUCAAGAAACUCAAAGAAUCAUACUGUCAAAGACAAGGACUUCCAAUGAAUUCACUCAAGUUUCUCUUUGAAGGUCAGAGAACUGCUGAUAAUCAAACUCCAAAAGAACUGGGAAUGGAGGAAGAAGAUGUGAUUGAAGUUUAUCAGGAACAAACAGGGGGUCAUUCAAUGGUUUAGACAUUCUUUUUAUUUUUUUUCUUUUCCCUCAAUCCUUUUUUAUUUUUUAAAAAUAGUUUUUUUGUAAUGUGGUGUUCAAAUGGAAUUGAAAACUGGCACCCAUCUCUAAAACAUCUGGUCAUUUGAAUUCUAGUGCUCAUUAUUCAUUAUUGUUUG